AUGAAGAAGCGUAAUGCGGACGGAACUCUGAAGCUAAAGCCUGUGGAGUCAUCGCGGGAAGUGGACCGGCUGAGCGACCUUCCCGACGAUCUGAUCGGCCGCGUCCUGGGCUUCCUCCCCACCCCGCAAGCCGUGCUCACUUCCCGCCUGUCCCGGCGCUGGCGCCGCGUGUGGCCCGCGCACGUCCGCGCCCUCAACCUGUCAGUCUACGACGGCGUCGGGCGCAGGCUCAGCGGCCUCUCCAGCGGGGCCCUGGCGCGGUUCGCCACGCCCGGCAUCCCCUCCAUCUCCCUCCACAUCGCCAGCCACGUCGACAUCGCCACCGGGGACACGUGGUACACGGAGGCCAUGGAGCGGGAGGCCCUGUCGCUGCUGCUGAACGACCACGGCGUCGAGCUCCAGCUCCCCCCAUUGGGGGUCGUGCGCUUCGGCAGGCUGGCGGAGCUGGCCCUCUCCACGGUGCGGCUGCCUUCCGGCACGCCGCCCUUGCACGAGUUCCUCUCGGCGUGCUGCCCGCGGCUGCGGAGGCUGCGGCUGUGCGCCGUCAGAGGGGACGCCGUGCGCGCGCUGGACCUCCGCUCCGACGCGCUCGAGUCCCUGGACGUCAACAACGUCGACCAGCUGGUGACGCUCCACGUAGCGGCCCCCAAUCUCCGGUCCUUGAGCGUACGCUCCUGCUUCCGGUUUCCAGUCCAAAGUGACGUCGAAACCGAGGUGGUUGUCUCGGCGCCGAGGAUGGAGGCCGUCUGCUGGUACCGCAGCUACCCGAAGCGGCUAGACUUCCUCACCGCGGACCCGACGGCGCACCAAGUCCGCCGGCUCUCCGGCCUCAAGCUCCCGACGCGGGGGCCAAGCGGCCGGUUCGACUUCCCUUACACAAUACAGCUCCUGCGGGCCUUUUCCGUUACCGCCGAGCAACUGGAGCUGGACCUGAUACUGCCGGACGAUAUGACUCUCCUCAACUGGGCGGGACAGGCGGCCGGCGGAGAGGACUUGCUGAGCUAUGUCCCGCGGCUGCCUCGUGUCAGCGCGCUCUCGCUCAACGGCCUGCGGUGGGGGUUGGGUUGCAGCGUCAGGCCCAGCCUGGCCGAGCUCCUCUCUCGUGUCCCAAACGUGACCAGGCUUUACGUCGAGUCAAACCCCUACUGCCGGACAGUUUUCGUAAGUACUCCAAGAAACUGUGUUUUCUGA